AUGUCUGAACAAGCUGCGGCUGCGGCAGAAGAGCCAGCGUCGAUACCACGCUACUUCCGCAACGAUGCCGAGCUAUCACGGCGAGAGCCUCACAAACAGCUGCUAGCUUCGCUCACCCGCCUGAUCACCGACUAUCCUCCCCACCAGAUACCUCCCGGUGGCGGCCUGUACUAUGGACCCAUCUCGGUCGCCUACUUGUUCUAUGCCCUUCACAACAUAUACCCCGAUAUGCUUCUUGAUCAGUUUCCUCUGAAUACAUGGUCUGCAGCAUAUAUCGAACAGGCACAGACCCACAUCAAGAAGUACAAAGGCCCUUCUCCAAGCAAAUGUGGCGUGAGCGACGAUAUAAUGUCUCUGCUCGCCCUGUACGCCGUAACCGCUAAAGACCCGGAUACUGUAAAGGAGCUCUGCGAUUUUGCGGCUGUAACCAUCGAGUCCGAAGCGUCCAACGAGUGGCUCUACGGUCGUGCAGGUUAUUUGUACCUGCUGCGUUUGGUGCGUGGAGCCUUCACCGACAACAAGGAGCUCACCGAGCUUAUCGAGGACACCACGGACGAAGUUAUUGACAAUAUCAUGGCUAGCUCGCGGCCGUGGAAGUGGCACGGAAAGGCGUACGUUGGCGCUGCUCACGGAGCCAUUGGCAUCAUCACCCAGAUCGUACUUACCGAUGCUACAUGGGCACCAAAGCUUGAGGCUGAAUUGGGCGCAUUGCUCAGCUACCAAUACGAGAGCGGCAAUUUCCCCUCUUCUCUUCCGCCAGGACGGGAUCGACUGGUUCAGUUUUGCCACGGUGCGCCUGGCGUUAUCGCUUCGCUGGCGUCAAUCAAGAAGCUCUUCCCGAAACUCGAAGAGCGUAUCGACCGUGUCAUCGCAAAAGGCAGGGAAUGCAUCUGGGAAAGGGGGCUGUUGACCAAGGAGCCGUGUUUGUGCCACGGGAUCAGUGGGAACGCUCUAGCGCUGGACGGAGAGCGAUUUGAGCAUUUCCUGACCUAUACGACUGGUGGCGAGAUCAAGUCCAUGGCUAAAGAUGGCAUGUUACAGAAGGCGGACGACCCCUCCGCGCUGUGGUGCGGCGAGGCUGGUCGCGCAUGGGCGUGGGCAGUCGCCGACAAGGGAUUAGAGAGAAGAUUCUUGGGCUACAAUGAUAUCUGA